AUGUGAUGAAACAUCCGAUCACACCAUUUAGGACAGUAUAAAACACUAGUAAGAGCCCACAAUGACACCAGAGGAGCUAUUGAACUUUCUGGAGGACUUGGUAGAGGAAGAAUUCCUUAAAUUCAAGUGGCUCCUUCAACAGACUAGUAAUCUUUUGGGUUUCCCAGCCAUAAAAAAGAGCCAUCUUCAGACGGCAAAUAGGCAGGACACCGUGGACCUGAUGGUCCAGACCUAUAGUCUCUCUGGGGCUGUAAAGGUAACCAAGAACAUUUUAGAGAAGAUUAACAGGAAUGACUUGCUGCAAAUUUUGGUUUCUAGCAGCUUGAGAACAGAAGUGGAUGUGAGUGAUGUUGGGAGAAUUUCAGAGGACACAGGCCAUUUAACAUCUCCUAUUCAGACUCCUCUUCCUCAAAUUCAAAGGGAAGUUCGUGGAAUAACUGAGGAAAUGGUUCCAGUUCCUGAGCCGCAUCCCAUCACAUUUUAUCGACAGAUGCUUCAGUCAAACUUCCAGGACAAGUUCAUGUGCGCACAGGAGGGUUGGGCUGAAGAUAAACAACGCCUGGUGGAUAUCUAUACAGAAGUCUACAUCACUGCUGGGUGUGAUGUACACAUCAACACACAACAUGAGGUCAGACAGAUUGAGAACCCAUUAAAGCCAGCAGAAGAAACACGAGUGAAACCCAGAGACAUGUUUAAUCAUCCUUCAGGAGAGUACCAGCCCAUAAAAACCAUACUGACCAAUGGAAUAGCAGGAAUUGGGAAAACCUUCCUCGUGCACAAGUUUGUGUUGGACUGGGCUGAAAAAAAAUCCAAUCAAAACAUAGAUCUUAUUUUCCCCUUCACCUUCCGUCAGCUAAAUCCACUAAGAGCAGAAAAAUUCAGUUUAGCGCAGCUCAUCCAUGAAUGUAUCCCAGAAACUGUAGAUAUCAAAAAGGAGGCUCUAAAUUACAUCUUUAAAACGCUGCAGUCUUCUGGAAACAGCAACUAUGACAAAAGUAGAUUUAAACUACUGUUUGUGUUUGAUGGACUGGAUGAGAGCCGACUUCAUUUGGAUCUUCACAUGAAAGACAGUAGAUCCAACGAUGUAAAAAAGAAAACCACACCAGAUGUUCUGUUGAGGAAACUCAUCAAUGGGAAACUUCUUCGCUCUGCUCGAAUCUGGAUAACUUCGAGACCAGCAGCAGCCAGUCAGAUUCCCAGGCAGUUUGUUAGCAGCGUGAAUGAGGUCAGAGGGUUCACUGACCUUCAAAAAGAGACGUACUUUAGGAAACGGUUCAGAGAUGAAAAGCGGGCCAACAAGAUCAUUUCCCACAUCAAGGGAUCACAAAGUCUCCACAUCAUGUGCCACAUUCCAGUCUUCUGCUGGAUCACAGCUACCGUUCUGGAGGAUAUGAUAAAAACCAGAGGCACUGGAGAUCUCCCCAAGAGCCUGACUGAGAUGUAUACAGAGUUCCUGGUGUUUCAGAUGGAUCACACUAAAGAGAAAUAUGGCUCUGAGAUGUCUAUUCAGUCCAUCAAAUCCUUAGCAAAGCUUGCUUAUCAUCAGCUGGAGAAGGGCAACCUGAUCUUCUAUGAGAAGGAUCUUAUUGAGACCAGUGUUGAUUUGAAAGAAGCCUCAGUGAUCUCAGGAGUUUUCACAGAGAUCUUCAAAGAAGUACGUGGCAGGAAAGAUAAAGAAAAGAUGUUUAGCUUUGUCCAUCUGAGCGUUCAGGAGUUUCUGGCUGCUGUUUAUGUAAGAAUGUCUCUUAGCAACAGCUACAAACAUUUAUUUUUACCCCAGAGGUCCAAAAAAAUGCAUUCUGUCCCAAAAACAAGAGCUUCCAAAACCAACCAAGUUCAUAUCGACAAAGCCUUGCAGUCUCCAAACGGACACUUGGACUUGUUCCUCCGCUUCUUUCUGGGUCUUUCGUUGCGGACAAAUCAAGAUAAACUUAAGGAACUGAUGGUAAAACCCUGGAGCAGCUCAGAAACCAGCCAAGAAACAGUCCAGUACAUCAAGAAAAAGAUUGGUGAAAAUCUUUCUCUAGAGAAAAGUCUCAAUCUGUUCCACUGUCUGAAUGAACUGAAUGAUCAUUCUCUUGUAAAUGACAUUCAACAGUACCUGAGUUCAGGAAGUCUCUCCACUGAUAAACUAUCUGCUGUCCAGUGGUCAGCUCUGACUUUCAUACUGCUAUCAUCAAAAGAACAUCUGGAAGUCUUUGACUUAAAAAAGUACUCAGCUUCAGAGGAGGCUCUUAUUAGACUUCUGACAGUGGUCAAAGCCUCAAAUAGAGCUCUGUAA